UAAAAAUUGGGGGUCUCUCCAUCUACAUUUCAGACUCCUCCCACCUACACCUUAACCUUGCUAUUUCGUGGGCAACAGAGUUGCCACCUUUCCCCAGAAAUCUCCACUUCACCUCACCCAUCUCCUUCCGUAGCUCCUUAAUUUCGAACAAAAUCACUCCCAAUUCAGUUUCCAUCUCCUCCUCCUUCUCGAGAUUCUGGAUUAAAGAAAGGCAAUGGGAUUCAAUCAGAAUCGCCUUCACCACAUGUGUUUGAGCCAAACGAAGAGCCCAUAGAAAAGUCGGGGCUUCAUCAAGUUCAUGUUCCCAGUCGACCCUUGUCCUCCUCACCGCCGACAAGAUGAAGCGGCCAUCCUCGUCCCUGAGCACCAUUCCAAAUCCAGUUCCCCUUUCUUUAAUUUUGCUAGCGUCGACAUUCAAUUUCAGCUGCCCCUUGUCUGGUUUCUCCCAUUUGGCUUCCUGCCUGGGCAUCCGCAUCUGGGUUCCCUUGAGAGCAGCUGCGGAAUUCCUCCAGCUCUAGGCCAUAGAAGAAUGCCCACAGCUCGGAAAUGGUUGUUGUUGCUGACUCAAUAUUCGCCGCAAAGCCAUCAAUCCACCUCCCCGUAAUGUCUCGAAUACACCCUCCCGUUCGACACG